UUUUGGAUUGAAUCUAAAAGGUCUGCUUAUUAUCUUACAAAAAACCCAUCUUCCAAGAACUUCCUAUAUUGUAUUCCUCCAAUUUCAACCAAAAGUAGUAUCUUGCCAUUGUUCUUUCUUAGGAUUUCUUCUCAACUCUCUAUUAUUCUUUCCUAGUUCCAUCAUUAUAUAUAGGACACUCCGCAUAUCCAUGUACUUCAACAAGACUUGAUUUAUAUACUAUAGCACAUCUUCUUGAAGUCUUUCUCCAAGCAUAAUUUGGCGUCAGAAAUUCAAAAGCCCGAUUAAUUCAGAUUCACGUCAUUGAAAGUCCUAAUAGCUUUAUUAUUCUUUUCUUUUCAAGCAUUUGGCAUCAGAAAUUCACUGGCUCGAUUAAUCCAUAUUGGCGUUAUUGAAAGCCCUGAUAGCUUUAUUGUUCAAUUGCACCAAUUGAGAUCAUGUCUCCAAUCAACUCAACUAAUGUGUCAAGAAUCUUCUCAAAACUUGACAAAAAUGGCGAUGGCCUUGUGAGCCUUGAUGAGCUGAAGGGAUUUCUUGGUACCAUAGGCAUUAAUUCAAGCCAAGAAGAGCUUGAGUUGCUAGUUGGAAAAACAAGCCUGGACUCCAUUGAUUUUUUCUUCUUCUAUGAUGCCAUCACAAAAGCAAAUAUUAAAGAAAGCAAUAAGUACGAUGAUCAUUGCGAAAAUAUUUUAGUAGAAAAUGACCUUACGAAAGUCUUCAGAGUUUUCGAUACAAAUGGAGAUGGAUUUAUAUGUUGCGAGGAGCUGCAGAGAGCAUUGUCAAGAUUAGGAUUGUGGGAUGAGCAAUGUGGGAAAGAUUGCAAGAGCAUGAUUAAUGUUUAUGACAAAAAUUCAGAUGGGAAGCUUGAUUUUGAGGAGUUUAAUGAUAUGAUGUUUGCUCAUUAAGGAGCUAUAAUUAGAAUUAGAGAGAAAUCCCGCUUCCAAUCUACCAAAAAAAAAAAGUUUUUAGUUCUAUGUAUUUGGGUUGUUGUUGAUGGUUUGCUUGGGAUUUUUAGUCUCGUUGAAAUUGGUCAAUAAACUAUUAAUACUGUAGAUAUAUUUGGCUGACGAUA